UUUCACCUCAUUUUUGUGUAAAUAAAGAGAUUUGCGUUUGUUGCCGAUCUGCUAUUUUCUUGUGAACAUCAUAUCCUUGUAAACAUUUCAUUUUUUAAGAUUGCUUUUGUGGUUGAACGCUAUUUGGAGUUUAUUUAAGCAUUAUCAACUACGGUACUUCCUUGCCAAGGCUUUGGUUGGAGAAAUUCAGCAUGUAUCUUGUUAUGGCCUCUUAUAGUUUGUUUUUCUAAUCUUCGAUCCCAUUUCUCUUCUUGGAUUUCCAAUUAACCAUGCCUUUUUCGUAUCUCAACUUGACGUAGAUGCAGUUUCUUUGGAUUAAUAAGGAAUUUCUUGAAUGGUUUUGUUGGUAAAACUGCCAACAUUUCUCCAUUAUCAUUUAUCUUUCAUGGUUUCUGAUGUUGAAUUUCUUGGAAAAGAGGCUUUCCAUGUGCUAUCUUUAUUUUAUUUUAGUUUUGAAGAAAUGGUAGGAAGACCCAUUUUUCUGUAUCUGGUUAUAUAGGAUCUUAGUUUUUGCAGAACAUCAGCUUAUCUUUAUUUUUUUUUCCCUUAUCUCUUUGAACAUAAAUUAUUGGUGCAGGUCUUAAAGCUUGUGGUCCUGCCAUCUUUAAACUAGUAGGGUUGAUAGAAAUAUAUCUAAUGAAUUGUUUACAGCCACUUCAGGUGUUUUUAUCCGAUUCUUUCUUCGGCCAACAUCUUGUUCUGAAGAUGUAUGUGGUAGAAGAUAAGGGAGGUGCCAUUGCCCUCAUGCUGGCUGCCCUAUUGUUCUUGGGCACUUGGCCGGCUGUUCUGACUCUCUUAGAGCAGAGGGGUCGUCUUCCUCAACAUACAUACCUCGAUUACUCCCUCACAAAUCUCUUGGCUGCUGUGCUUAUUGCUCUAACAUUUGGUCAGAUUGGAGAUAGUAAGCCAAACAUGCCAAAUUUCUUCACCCAACUUACCCAGGACAACUGGCCUUCAAUCUUGUUUGCGAUGGCAGGUGGAAUUGUGCUCAGCCUUGGGAAUCUGGCUACACAGUAUGCUUGGGCUUAUGUUGGUCUUUCAGUUACGGAGGUCAUCACUUCAAGUAUAACAGUUGUUAUAGGCACAACCUUGAACUAUUUUCUAGACGACCGCAUCAAUAAAGCUGAGAUUCUUUUCCCAGGAGUUGGGUGCUUCCUGAUUGCAGUUUGUCUUGGAUCUGCUGUUCACACCUCCAAUGCAGCUGAUAAUGAGAAGAAACUUAAAGAUUCCUCAAACAAAUAUCAGAAUAAGACUAGUACUACUGGAGAUCAAGAGCUGAGCAAAGGUGUUUCAGACGAAGCUGGCAUACCCAAGGACUUGGAAAAUGGAAUUUCUCAUGUUUCUAAUGCCGAUUUCAAUGUUGAUAAAGCAAAAGCUGGAACUGCAGAAUUUCUUAUACAGCUUGAAAAGAAAAGAUCGAUUAAGGUGCUAGGGUCCAACACAUGUCUAGGCCUCAGCAUUGUGUUCGUUGCUGGCAUUUGCUUCUCCCUCUUCUCUCCUGCAUUCAACUUGGCUACUAAUGACCAGUGGCACGCCCUGAAAGAAGGGGUUCCACAUUUGGUGGUCUACACUGCAUUCUUCUACUUCUCUAUCUCCUGUUUUGUUGUUGGAAUUGGUUUGAAUAUCUGGUUUCUCUACAAACCUGUGCUCGGGCUGCCAAGUUCAUCCUUCGCAGCUUAUCUGAAGGACUGGAAGGGCAGACAUUGGGCUCUUCUGGCAGGGCUGCUAUGUGGAUUUGGAAAUGGCUUCCAGUUCAUGGGCGGGCAAGCGGCUGGAUAUGCUGCAGCUGAUUCUGUUCAGGCGUUGCCACUUGUAAGCACAUUCUGGGGAAUAGUCCUUUUUGGAGAGUACCGAAGGUCAUCAAGAAAGACUUACGUGUUGCUUGUGAGCAUGCUGUUUAUGUUUAUUGUUGCUGUGGGUGUUCUCAUGGCUUCAUCUGGCCACAGAAAGACAUGAUUCGGCAUACAAAGAAUACCAUUCUCUCAGGAAUUCUCAUUUAAGAUCCCUUCUUCUCCAAAGCAUCAGAAGUUAUUUCAGGGUGCAGGAAAUACAUAAGAGACACUUUAUACAAAUCACUGUCAGAAAGAAACUAUACCCUCAACCAGAAGGCCUUAUGAUAGCAUGGUUGUGAAUUAACAGCUAUGUCCUGUAUAGUCUUGGUGAAAAAUGUUGGAAGUUAGAUAUUAUAUUUUCUUCUUGCAACAAAGCGUAAGCUAGUCAUAUUUGCUUUGACUUGAA